GUUGCAAUCGUUCACGUGGCGAGGUUGGAGGCUGCACAGCACUGGCCUUUUUUCAAUCUUCUUUCAAAUUUAAUUUUUAAAAUAAUGGAAGACUCCAUUCAUUCUUGCCAGCGCAGUGCUUCUGAUCAGUUUGAUAUCGAUAUUGAAAAUGCCUUUGCCAAAAUCAGCAUCAUACCCAAUUACCCUUUACUGAAAGAAAUGUCUCAUCAGCCCAAUAUGCCGACAAGAUACGAAACAGUUGGAAUGUUGGACGGAGAGGUCAAAUCGAUCGAGAAUCGUGCAAAUCGACAAAUAGAAAACUAUUUUCGACUUCGUAAUCUCAGCCAUUGGAAAUGGAAUGACGAAAUCCUACCAGAUGUGUUAAGAUGUGUUUAUACCACAACCAACAAGGAUUUUGCUACGUUUUUACCUGUCGAAACGAAUAUUUGGGUUAGUGGCUACUUUCUGCCAUGUGGAUUAUUUGUUGUUUGCCGAGAAAUUCGAUUGGCUACCGACAGUGAUAUUAAGGCUUUGGCCUUUUAUGGAAUUCCGUGAAAAAUGUUUUUCCAAAGCUGCGGAUUUCAGCUCAAGAUGUGUGACAGAUGCCGAAGAAGUGUUAAUCCUUAAUUUUUUUUAACGUUCAGUUUUUAUUGAGUUUUUUUUUUUUUGUAAUCUGUCCACACCGAUUUAUAAUCAGUAAAACAAUUGAAUCACUUC